AACCUACUUCUGAAUAGCGUCGAUAUGGCUAAGGCGAAAUGGCUAUAUCACUUCCCUAUACUUAAGGCGGGUAGGCCUCGGGCCUGCCCGUCGAGCGACAGGUCGUGCAUACUGCAUACCGAAAGAAUCAAACGUAUAUAGACCUGUAGAGUAUCAACUAGUACACAGAAUAGCCAAAUGAUGGCGAGCUCCUCGGAUCCAGCCAUCUCGAUGGUGGGAACUCGCCCCGAGUAUUGGGCAAUGGAGUAUCUCGAUCACAAAAUCGGCCACGGGCUCUUUGAGGUACAGCCCGACCGUCGUGUUCAACCCCUUCCUGGCCCAACCGAGAGUCCGGAACUCCCCACCGAAGAAUGCGCUAUCUGCCACCGCCCACGCGACGGACACUUCACAGGCGUAGUCGGGGACCUCAAAAGUGGUAUGAGCCGAGGGUGUCGUCUCUGCGACGCUCUGCACCAGAUUAUCGUAGCCAUCACGCGCGAGCCAUACCAAGUAUCGCACCCCUUUCGGUUAGAAAUACGUCGAGAUUCCCCAGCGAUAUUGGAUAUAUGUGUAGCGACCGUGAUGGUUGGGGAGGUCUAUGAACCCGUGUUCGCAAAGUAUCAGGUUUACUUUCAAACUAACGCCACCCGCCGCCCCCAGUCCCUUUCCGCAUUCGAUAGUAUCGGAUUCGGCUCACCCGUCGCUAGCACCGCCCAUUCGAUAAAAUGUAUGUCAUUCGCCAAAGCAGCACUCGACCAAUGUAUUCAAAAACACCACGACUGUGGCCAGUCCGAUACCAAUCCCAUCCUACCAACCCGUGUCCUCGACCUAGGCGAAAACGACUCCUCUAUCAAACUCCUCGAACCAGCACCAGGCACCCGAGCACAAUACGUAGCACUAAGCCACUGCUGGGGAGCCAACGCCAAACGUCUCGAGACCAAACAAGCACGCCUCGAGGAUUUCAAGUCCUCAAUACCAUGGCCCGACCUACCUCCCACCUUCCAAGACGCCGUAACUGUGACGCGGUGUCUUGGGAUACGGUACCUAUGGAUCGACUCACUAUGCAUCAUUCAAGACAGCGCUUCAGAUUGGGAAAUCGAGUCCUCGCGAAUGGCGGCCGUAUACCGCGAUGCCAGCGUCACCGUCGCAGCUGUCUCGUCAUCUUCCUCGGACGAACAUUUUCUCAAGCCGCGGAAUAAAGUGUAUCAGGAACAGCUUCUACUCCUAGGGCUCUCGCGCACAGAGCAGCAACUCUCGGCUGAGGAGCUAGGUAUUGUUGCGCCAGAUGUCAAUACCGAGCCCAUUUUUGCACUAGGAAUUCGGCCACUUGCCGUCCACACGACGUCCGGUCCCUUGAGCGAUCGGGCGUGGACGUUCCAGGAAGAAAAGCUAUCGAGCCGGAUCUUGCGUUUCUCUGAGACGGAAUUGAGUUUUGAGUGUCGUCGAGGUAUUGCGUGUGAAUGUGAUAUGCACGGCGCUGCCUAUAAUAAUUCCCUUGAACCACCACAACUUCCACCACUUCACGGGUUAGCUGCUGCAAUCAAUAAUACCACAGGUUCAGAAGGUAACUCGGCAGACAGGCUUCACCAGUUACCACCCCAUUUAGACCCAUUCCUAGCCUGGCAAAACCGCGUCUCCGAGUAUUCACAGCGUAACAUAACAUUCGCAUCCGACAAACUACCCGCCCUAGCUGGUUUAGCCACAAUAUGUCACGCAAUCACCAAAUCAACAUACCUAGCCGGCCUAUGGCGAGAUCACUUCGUCCUCGACCUUCUAUGGCACCCUGCUGGUCAUAGAAGCCUUGACCCGGAGCAAAGCGAUCGCUAUAUCAACUGCGACACCGCAAAAUGGAAGCCCGGUCUAUCCAUCCCCUCCGAAAACCUCCCCGAUGCUCCCGACCUAGGAGUCUGCUACACCAAGAAACUCACCAAAAUCGCCGCCCAUACCAAUCUCCUAGCCCUCGACAUCCCCUCCGCCUUACCCUCAAAGUCGAAACUGAAAACCCGGGUUCCGAUCGGAUUCGUAAAAGACUACCGCGCGCCGACGUUCUCCUGGGUAUCCAUCGACUGCCCGAUCGCCUUCCGCUCCCCUCCUUUACAAACCGAUAUCAUAAUCGAAACCGAAGUCAUCGACGCACAAUGUACAAUCAACGGUCUAAACCCGUUCGGUCGGGUCUCCGACGGGUAUGCUUUGCUCAAAGGGCCACUGGUCGAAGUCCGAAUAUCCACGCGCCCGUUACGGCGGAACUAUGGGUCGUAUAUCCUCAAGCGAUGCGAUGCUGCUGUUUCGUUCACACCUGAUUUACCUCUCGCCCUUGAUUCUCUCGAAGCACCUAAUUCAUCUGAUUCAAGGGGAACAGGUUCAAGAGAUAGAGUUAGGAGAGCCACAGCAGCAGAUGGCGUACGACCCGCGUUCCGCGAUGUACCUGUAUGGUGUCUAAGCCUUCUGCGAUCGAAGGACGGUUUGGUGCGUGAGGUUAUGGUUCUAGGACUUUCGAGUCGGGUUCCGGGAGCUUACGAGAGGUUGGGUUUGAUUGAUACUUCGGCGCCGAGGACGUUAGAAAGUUUGAAUUGUUGGUUUGAGUCGGAAGAGGAGAUAAGUUUGACGGAGGUGAAGUGUGUCUAAGCCGUAGUCUUGUGGUAUUUACUUGUUACUUCGUUCGAAAUCUUUACCUAUUUUGCCAAGUGAGGGUAGUUUACGGUCCAGAUGGGUUGGCUCAUCAACCGCGGCACAGGUUAAGCACUGUUCAUCAGGAAGACUGUCUUA